AUGAAGAUGAUCAGAGGGGACCCGUCCAGCACUUCGGUGCACGUCCUGCCCCCAGACAUGUCCUGCUACGACCAGUGCCGGCCAUGCCGGCCCUGUGGCCCGACCCCGCUGGCCAGCAGCUGCAAUGAGCCCUGCGUCAGGCAGUGCCAGAACUCCACCGUCGUCAUUGAGCCCUCUCCUGUGGUGGUGACCCUGCCCGGCCCCAUCCUCAGCUCCUUCCCGCAGAACACCGUUGUGGGAUCCUCCACCUCCGCUGCCGUUGGCAGCAUCCUCAGCUGUGACGGAGUCCCCAUCACCUCUGGCUGCUGUGACCUCUCAGGCAUUUCCAGCCGCUACUGUGGCAGAAGGUGCCUGCCCUGCUAA